AUGGAAACAUUGAAGGAUUGGUGGGAGAAGGAGGAGGAGGAGGAGGAGGAGGAGAAGGAUGAGGAUUCGGGGAUUGUGAAGGUUAAAACCGAACCACAAGAAGUGUUGAUGGAAGUGAACCAAAAGAUAAUGUGCACAUUUCACACAGAAAGCUGCAAAAUGAGGAAAAAGCUCGUUUGUUUCUGGUUUAUAUUAAAUGCAAUUGAUCGGGAGAAGGGACUGGGCUCAUUGGCAUUGUUUGGAGACCAAAACGCCUGCAAAUUAUACAUUGGUGAUGUUAUUGUUGUUACCAAAUACAUAGAGUUGGACAAUCAACCAAUGAACUAG